UUUGAUUCUGGUAUCAACUCCUUUGUCCUUCAAAGCAAUAGCUAAAAUUAUGUAAUUUAAAAUUAAAAGAGAACAGUCUUUUUUUCUCCAGCAUUCUACAGAUAUUAAUUGGAAAAUUGAAGUAAAUGCUUCUCAGUUUGAUUUUUAUAUUAGACGAAUUUGGUAAGACUUUAAUGCUUAAUCUAGAAAGUCAAUGCUUGAAGAUGAUAGCGCUAUUCAUACAGAGUUAAUUAUUUUUUGGCAUAUCUAGUCAUGUACCAAAAGACCAUUCUGCUAUUGCUAAAAUAUUAGUGAGAUCGGCCAAACUAAUAUGAUCAAAGAAUAUUUGCUUGAAAGCAGCUUCAGAAGAAUCUUUCUAAUUGACUAUAUUAAUGAAUUAUUUCAUAAAUUUCUUAAUCACUAAAAAAAUUUUAAUUCAACUCAUUUAAGCCAUUUAUACUUCUUAAAGCAAUGCUCUAAAAAUGCAGCUCUUCUUAACAUAAAAC